GAGUAGACUAAUGAAAUUGGAAUUGAAUAUUUUGCUGUGUGUGGGGUUUAAAACUAGACUGGUGAAAGUGGAAUUGAAAGUAGAAGACUUUGCAAUUUGGUCAGACGUUGCUCACUCUUUUGAGAAAUCCUAUCCGCUUCACUUGUUCACGCGACGAUUAUUGAGCCUUGCAACUUUGAGAUUUUGCAACAAAAAUGGAGGCAGAAGCACUGGAGAAUGUGGCAGCGCAUACACAGGAGGCCAUGGAGACCAUUUUCUCCUUUGUACCCGCCCUUGUUCUGAAAUCGGCCCUCCUCCUGCAAAUCCCAGACAUAAUCGCAAGCGAAGGCCCGUGCGCCUCUCUUUCCCUCCACCAAAUCGCCGCCCGACUUCCGACCCAGACACCCAAUCUGGACUACCUCUUUCGCAUCCUCCGAUAUCUUUCGGCCAGGGGCGUUUUCAUUCAAUCCCAGGCGGGUGACGACACGUCAGAGGUUCGAUUCUCCCUGAGUGAGUGCGCAAAGCUUAUGUACGUUAGGGAGAACAGUCAUGCGAGCCUGGUUCCGUUGGCUGUGAUGCAGACCCACGAGGUGAUGAUGGCCCCGUGGCACCGUCUCCAUGAAUGCGUGCUCCAAGGCGGCCAUGCGUUCGAGAAGGCUCACGGUAUGGACAUUUUUGCUUAUGGGAAGGAUCAUCCGGAGGUUGAUUCUAUCAUCAAUGACUGCAUGGCGUCUUUUACCAUGACGACCAUGAAACAGAUUGUGAGUUGUUACAGAGGAUUUGAGGAAUUGGGUACAGUUGUGGACGUUGGCGGCGGGCAUGGAGCGGCUUUGGGGGUGAUUGUGAAGGCAUAUCCGCACAUCCGGGGAAUCAACUUUGAUCUUCACCAUGUAGUUCAGACUGCACCGUCUAUUCCAGGUAUUGAGAAUGUGGGUGGCAAUAUGUUUGAGAGCAUACCAUAUGGAGAUGGCAUAUUUUUGAAGGAUACAAAUCAGAGUUUUUCAAGGUAAUCUACAUCUAUGUGGUCGCCUUGAAUCGAUAUUCACGGCCUGCAAUGACUGGCAUUGAUCCAGACACAAGAACUAUAUCUCGAUUCGAAAGGAAGGGAUGAUAUCAGAUAAUUGCAUGAAGGUUUUACUCUGAUGAUAACUUACUAAAGAAGACAACUCUGUAUGAUUGCCAUGUUGAAAAUGGGGGCACAAUGGGGCCCUUUACAUUGUGAAGCAUGCCUCUCCAAUAUACCUUAGAUUUGUUGUAGAUGAUUGUAAGUUUAUGAUGCAAUGCUCUUUGAGUGUGACCAUAAGUGUUGAUGCAGUAAAAUGACAUGACAUGAUAAGACAUCAAUGGUCUAAUCAUAAAUGCUUUGUUUACAUAAACGUUGAUGUAAUUUUCUACUCCAUGAUGUCAAGAUAUUUAAGGA